CGUGUUCUUCCGGUGUCAUGGCGUCAAAGUGUCUGGAGCUUGUUACUGAGAGCAUUCCAGCUGGAUCGGCUGCUUUCUGUGAUUUAUACAAGUUAUAGGCUGCAUAGAAAAGACUCCAGGAGACCUUCAAGCUGCAUAAUGGAAUUAGUGACGUUUGAGGAUGUGACUGUGACCUUCACCAGUGAGGAGUGGACUUUGCUGAAUGCAUCCCAAAAGCAGCUCUACAGAGAUGUGAUGGAGGAAACCUUUCAGAGCAUCAUGACUAUAGGAAGACUCUUGGGUAACAAGAAAGUGGAAGAAGAGUGCAGUAACCUCUGUAGAAAUCUAAGAUAUGAAGAUGUUGAGAAAUACCAUCUAUAUAAAGGUUGGAAUCAGCAUAAAGAAUGCUUUCUUUGCUCUCAGGAUGCUAAUGUGCAUAUGAAACCAUGUGGUUUAAAACCAGUUGAAAGUCUUACUUGUAGAAAGCUUCUGAUUGGGCCUUUUUCACUAAACAUGCCCAUCAUAGCUCACACCUCAGUAAAGACAGACGAAUAUUUUGAACUCAAAGGGAAGCUGUUUAAAUGUAAUGAAAGUAGAAAAUACUGUGAUGAUUUGCAGUCCUUUCAGAAUCCUGCAAGAACAGAAGCUGGCAAGAAACCACGUGAACAUGAUCAGUGUGAGAAAUCCUCCUCUGGUCUUAGUGAAAGAACUCAUCUUAGAGACAAGAUAUUUGCAUGUCCAAAAAUUAUGAAUGCCUCCAGGAAGCCCAGUGAUGUUCAGAUCUAUCAAACAAAUCACAGUUGGGGUGCACCCUCUGCAUGUAAGCAAUAUGGGAAAGCUGUCAGCACACAUACUAUUUCUCAACAACAUGAAAGAAUUGAUAUAGAAGAGAAAAAGUAUGUAUGUAAGCAAUGUGGGAAAGGGUUCAGGAAAAGUUGUUAUUAUCAAAAGCAUGAAAGAACUCACACUGGUGUGAAUCCUUAUAUAUGUAAGCAAUGUGGGAAAGCUUUCACUACACAGUAUUAUUGUAAACUACACGAAAGAUCUCAUACUGGUGAGAAUCCUUAUAUAUGUAAGCAGUGUGGGAAAGCUUUCAGUACACAGUAUUAUUUUAAACUACAUGAAAGCUCUCACACUGGUGAGAAACCUUACAUAUGUAAGCAAUGUGGAAAAGCUUUCAGUAUAAAGAGCAGUUGUAAAAGACAUGAAAUAACUCACACUGGUGGGAGACCUUAUGUAUGUAUGCAAUGUGGGAAAGGUUUCAGCACACAGAGUCAUUGUAAACUACAUGAAAGAACUCACACUGGAGAGAAACCUUAUGUAUGUAAGCAAUGUGGGAAAGCUUUCACUACACAGGCAAAUUUUAAAGUACAUGACAGAUGUCACACUGGUGAGAAACCUUAUGUAUGUAAGCAAUGUGGGAAAGCUUUCAGUACACACAGGAGUUAUAAAAGACAUGAAACAUCUCACACUGGUGAUAAAUCAUAUGUAUGUAAGCAAUGUGGAAAAGCUUUCAGUACACAGUGGUAUUGUAAACUACAUGAAAGAUCUCACACUGAACAGAAACCUUAUGUAUGUAAGCAAUGUGGAAAAGCUUUCAGUACACAGGCGUAUUGUAAAGUACAUGAAAUCUCUCACACUGGAGAGAAACCUUAUGUAUGUAAGCAAUGUGGGAAAGCUUUCUCUACAAAGUCAAAUUGUAAAGCACAUGACAGAUGUCACACUGGUGAGAAACCUUAUGUAUGUAAGCAAUGUGGGAAAGCUUUCAGUACACAGGGGUGUUGUAAACUACAUGAAACAUCUCACACUGGAGAGAAACCAUAUGUAUGUAAUCAAUGUGGGAAAGCUUUCAAUAGACAGAAGAAUUGUAAAAGACAUGAAAGAACACACACUGGUGACAAACCUUAUAUACGUAAGCAUUGAGGGAAAGUUUUCAUACACAGGAGUAUUAUAAACUACAUGAAAGAUCUUGCUGGUGAGAAAGCUUAUGUAUGUAAGCAAUAUGGAAAAGUUUUCAGUACAGAGUUAUUGUAAAUACAUGAAAGAUCUCACACUAGAGAGAAUCUUUAUGUAUGUAAGCAAUGUGGGAAAGCUUUCAGUACACAGAAAUUGUAAACUACAUGAAAGAUGUUAUACUGGUGAGAAAGAUUAUGUAUGUAAGCAGUGUAGAAAACCAUUGAUCACACAUAAAUAUUAAUAUGAAAGAACUCAUACUGCAGAGAAAUCCUAUGUAUGUAAGGAAUGUGGGGAAGGUUUCAGCAGAAAGAGUCAUUGUCAGAGACACAAAAAAACUCAAAAUGAAAAGAAACUACACGUGUGCAAUUUUUUAAGUCUUUCAGUACACAUAAUUAUUGUAAAAUAAAUGAAAGAAGCCACAGUGUAAAAACCCUAUGGAUGCAAGCAGUGUAUAAAAUGAUUUUUUCAUUAAACAGACAUUAAAACUCAUUAGGGAGAAACCCUAUGUCCAUAAACAAUGUGGAAAAAGAUUCAGUGCACACAAGUCCAUUGCUAUAUAUAUUUUAUAUCAAAUCAAAAAGGAUCACUAGGAAGAAACUAUAUGUGUAAGACUAUUUUAAAACCCUGUUAAGAUGUUUCAGUUGGUAUAAUUCUGUAGAAAUAAUACCAUAGUAUUUUAUGUCAGUGUUGCCUUAGAUAUGUUCCAAAUAAAUCAAAUUCCAGAUGAGUAUAUGACCAAAUACAUACAUUAUGUGGUUUAUAAUGCAUCACAUAUGUACAUUAUUAAUGUACAGUGUUUAAAAAUAUUGAGUUGCCACAAUGAGAAAUUUUUAUCUGAGUGUCUGUGCUUAAUCCAUAAUGUCUUAAUUAAGCAUGGUUGAUGAAACUGUAUUUUUUUACUGUCAAGUACCAUUAGGAUUUGUGCUGUUUUCAUUUUAUCCUUAAGUUUGGGAAGAAUAGGCUAUUAAAUAUCUUAAUUUUAUAACUUUUGCUAUUAGAGUUUUGCACUAUUUUGCUUUUCAAUUACUGUGUGGGUUUUCUAUAUUCUAUGUAAAAAUGAUAUUUUUAUUUUGAUGCUAUAUUUUCUAUUGAUAUCUAUUUUCAAAGACUUGUCAACGUGAGUUUUUGACACAGUUAAUUAUGUUCACACAACUUGUAGAUUAGCAAAUUUUGUUUUUUAAAUGACAAGAUUCCUUCUUGUAUACCAUCAGCACUGUAUAUUGCAUCAUGUACAUAUAUUGCGUACUUUUAUUUCAAUGCAUUCAUUUCCAUGAAGUUUUAUUUUUUCCUGUAAAAUUUCUGUUUACAUUGCAAUGGCUUAAUUUGUUUCACUGGUAGUUUCUUAAACAUAGAUACCAAACAUAAACCAUACUGCCCAGUAUUUUUCAUUGCCAGAACCCCACUGUUGGAGAAUUCAAGAUAUCAGACCUAAGGGAUUGGACUUUGAAAACUGACUGGGGCAAUCAAGGACAUGGAAACAAUCAGAGCAGUUUAUAACAACCUUGAAAGGAGACAGAACUUAUGAAUCCUGUAAGAACAAGAUGACACAAAUUCUUCACAGUACAUAGUUGUAAAUCUUACCUCUAGCAAAACAGCAACAUAUAGCUACAGGAGAAGAGGGGGGAACUUUAGCAAGAUUCAUCUCAAUGUCCCAUUUCACCACAUGACCAUAACUUGUCUUUAUAGGAAAUCAUUAUUUACAGUCAUCUGUCCAGAAUAUGUAUAUUAUGAUGUAUCAACCAUGACAACACUUUGAAUGGAAUGCUCAUCAUCUGUGGAACUUUUCUCAGGAGCAUGGUCACUACUGAAUAUUAUGAGAUUAAUGCCUUUAUUCUAUUCCGUAAUGCACUGAUGCCAAAAUAUUUUUGGUAAUUAUUGUUUUUACAUAGGAAGCUAAAAUACUGGCACCAAGAAAAAUGAAACUCCUCACAUACAUCAAUCAACUCAUUAAAAACAGAAAUGUCUGAAAUUUUUAUUUAUCCUGUGUUCUUGACCAUUUUAGGAUACAUUUCUAUGAUGAUAUUUUUCAUCGAUUGUUAAGGUCAAUCAUAUAGUUUUUUUUUUUUAUUUUUAAAGAGGGUAAAAUUAAACAGAACAAAACAGAUCACAAAGUAACAAUGUAAGAAACACAGAUUCCAAAGCAGGACAAUUGGAGAUCUUCACUGUCUAUAAUAUUGUCUCUUAUAUUCUUCCAAAUAUUUGUCCAGAUUUUCACAUAGAAUGAAUUCAUACAAAACAAAAUAGUAUGGAACUGAUCAGAACCCGAUGAUGAAAGUAUUUUAGGUCUUCAAGACCAAAAAAUCAGGAAGUCAACAAUGGCUGCCAUAAUGUCUCUCAUUCUUUUCAAAAUAGAUGUCCAUACUUUCAUGUAUGUUGAAAUUAAAUGAAAUAAAACAGAAUAAAAUCAGUCUGAACAAAGGGUAAUAGUAUUGCUGGAUUUCACAUCAUGAUGCUAUGGAAUCAGCACUGGGUGUCUUAGUGUCUCUUCAAAGUAGCUCUUUCAUUUCAUUGUGCAUUAUAUUACAGAUUUUCAUCAGCUUUUUAGAAGUUAUAUGCACGCAUGAGUCUCUACACAUAUACCUAUCUUUUCUGUAUUACAGGGAAAGCAAAACAAACCCAGACACUACAAAACAAAUUCACAAAAUAACGUGAAAUGAAAAAGACAUAAACAAUAGGAAAGAGCCCAGAACACUGACAAGUAUAGGCCUUAAAAACAAGGUGUUACGGGCAAAACUAGGGGUUUUAUUUUACAUGAUGAUCUUCAAGAGUUCCUCAGAUAGCUACACAAUAAUAUGUACAAAUCUCCAAUUCCUAUGAAUGUUAACUAUUUUGUUCCAAGAACUUAUGGUGUUUGCAGCGCAGUCAUGUAAGCUAUCCUAAGUGUGUUUCUUUUUACUUUUUCAUUAUUUUCCCCUUUAAGCAUAUUGUUUUCCUUUCAUUGUAAUCAUUCCGAUUUUUGUAUUUUAUAUACUCUUAACAUUUCUUACACUAGGGAGACUAAGGUAUUUAGAUAUGUGACUUUGAUUUAUUUCUCUUAUGAGUAUGGUCUCUACUUGCAUCUGUUUACUUAUGAACUUUUCAAUGUUAUCAUUCUUUAUAGCAGAGUAGUACUCCAUUUUAUAAAAUUUCACAUCAUUAAUCCAUUCCUCAGUUGAUGGGCAUUUAGAUUAUUUCCAAGAUAUGGCUAUUACAAAUUGUGUUGUUAUAAACUUGGAUGCACAUAUACAAUUGUGGUAUAAUGUUGUCAGUUGUUCUGGGAAUAGGCCCAGAAGUGGGAGAGCUGGGUCAAAUGGGACUUCCUAACCCAACUUUUUGAGGAACCUCCAAACUGACCUCCACAGUAGUUGCACCACUGUACACUCGCAAAAACAGUGCGGAGGAGUUCCUUUUUACACUCAACCUCUCCAGCAGUUUUUGUUCGUAGUUUUCUUAAUCCUGGCCAUUCUUUCUGCAGUGAGAUGGAACCUUUGUGUUUUUUUAAGGAACAGUGAUGCUUGACAUUUCUUAUGUAUUAAUUUGUCAUUUGAAUUUCUUCAUCUGAGAACUGUGUAUUCAUUUCAGAUGCCCAUUUUUGAAAUGGGUCUUUGAAUUUUGGGGAUCUCAUUUUUAAAAAAUUCUUUAUAUGUUCUAGACAGAGGUCCUUUGUCUGAGGGAUCAUUCACUAGGAUUUUCCAAUUUGUGGGUUUUCUUUUGGCCAUGUGGAGAUUUCUUUCAGUAUGAAAUCCCCAUUAAUGAUUUUGUGAAGUAUUCUGUGUGCAGUUUGAUUCUUGUUUAUGAAUUCACUACAUAUCCCUGUGUCUUUAAGAUUUCUACCUAAUUUGUCUUCCAACAAAUUUAAUGUAUCUGUUUUAAUAUUUAGAUCUUUGAUCCAUUUUGACUUUAGUACACGGUGAUAGGUAUGGUUCUAAUUUUAGUUUUACUCAUAUGGAGAGCCCAUUUUCCAUCAACAUUUAUUAAAGAGUCUAUCUUCCAGUGGAUAUGUUUGGCCACUUUAUCAAAGAAAAUGUGGCUGAAUAUGAAUGUUAUUGUAGUUGUAUCUUUUACUCUGUUCCAUUGAUCUUCAGGUCUUUUUAUUCUAGUACCAUACUGAUUUUAUUACAGUACCUUUAUAGUAUAAUUUCAGGUCAGGGUUUGUGAUGUCUCCUGCCUUGUCUUUGUUGCUUAGAAAUGUCUUAGCUUGUUUAGUUCUCAUCUGGUUCCAGAUGAAGUUUAGGAGUGAUUUCUGUAAAUCUCUGCAGUAUACUAGUGGAAUUUUGAUUGGAAUUGCAUUAAAUUUGUGUAAUAAUUUUUGGAGAAUGGACAUUUUCACAAUGUUUAUUCUUCCUAUCCAUGAACAGGAAUUUCUUUCCAUUUUUGGAGGUCCUUUUUGAUUUCUUUUUCCAGGGUAUGAUAAUUUUCCUGAAUAGGUCUUUUCCCUAUUUCAUUUUAUUUUGUUGGAUGCUAUUAUAAAGGGUGUGGCUUCUCUUAUUUCUCUCUCUGUAGGUUUGUUGUUAGUGUAUAGAAAUGCUAUUGAUUUUUGGUUGUUUACUUUUUAUCCAGCUACAUUACUGAAUUUAUUUAUUAUACCUAGGAAUUUUUGAAUGGAGUUUUAGGGGUCUUCUGUCAUGUCAUCUACAAAUAGUGAUAAAUUAACUUCUUCUGUUAAUAUCCUUAGUCCUUUUAUUUCUCUCUCCUGUCUAAUUGCUCUCACUGGUAUAACCAGCACUAUAUGGAAUACAGUGGUGUUAAUGGACAUCCUUGACUUGUUCAUGAUGUUAGGAUAAAGGCUUUUAGUAUCUAGCCAUGUAAUACGAUGCUGGCUGUUGGGUUGUCAUAUAUGGCUUUCAUCAUAUUGAGAUAAAGACUAUCUUCCAUCUUUCUGUAAGGUUUUAUCAUAAAUAAGUUUUGGACCAUAUCAAAAGCUUUUUCUCCAUCUGUAGAAAUUAUUAUGUAGUUAUUAUGUUUGACUCUUUUGAUAUGGUGGAUUAGAUUUUUUGAUUUGAAUAUGUUGAACAAUUCCUUCAUUCCUGGCAUGAAUCUCACUUGGUCAUGGUUUAUAAUAUUCUUGUUGAUUUACUGCCUUCUUUUAGCCAAAUUUAAUGAGGAUUUUUGCAUCUAUGUUCAUUAGGGAAAUUGGCCUGUAGUUCUCUUUUUUGUUUGGAUCUUUCAUAGGUUUUAUAAUUAGAAUAAUGUUUUCUUCCAGGAAUGAGUUAGGGAGCACUGCUUCCCUUUCAGUGUCAUUGAAGAGUUUCAAGGUUAUUGACAUUAAAUCUUUGGAUUUCUUGUAGAAUUCCACAGUGAAUGUCUGUGUAACUAGGCUUUUCUUUUUUGGUAAAGAUUUAAUUACAUUUUCAAUAUCAUUAAUUGAAAUUGGGUUAUUCAGAAGUUUUACUUCUUGUUGAGUCAGCUUUGGUAUUUCAUAUGUUUCUAGUAAUCUGUCCAUUUCUUUCAGUCUAUGAGCUUCCUUUUGGGUCAGAUGGAUUUCCUUUAUGCAGCAUAUGGUUGGAUGUUGAUUCAUGAUCCAUUCUGCCAGUCUGUAUCUUUCAAUUGGUGAAUUUAGGCCAUUUACGUUAAUGGUUAUAACUGAUACAGAUUAGUUUACUUCUCACAUUUUCUCUUUCUGCUGUUGAUUGUGUACAUUUCCACUCUGUUUAAUUGUUUACCUCGCUUAGAGGUUAUUUCCUAUGUCUGUCUAGAAUGUCUUUCAGCAUUCUUUGCAGGGUUGGUUUGGUUGUCAUGAAAUUCUUCCACUGUUGUUUGUCAUCAAAUUAUCUUAUUUCUCCAUCCAUUUUGAAGGACAGUUUUUCAGGAUACAUCACUCUAGGUUGAAAAUCAUUUUCCUUUUAGAUGUGGAAUACUUCACUACAUGCUCAUCUUGACUUCAUUGUUUUUGUUGAGAAGUCUGUUGUGAUUCUAAUAGGCUUUCCAUUAUAGGUGAUCUGUCUCUUCUCUCUAGCAUCUUUUAAUAUUGUGUUCUUAUAUUGGAUUUCUGGGAUGUUGAUUAUUAUAUGUUUAGGCAUAGUUUUAUUUUGGUUAUGGUUAUUUGGAGUUCUGUAAGCUUCAUUGAUCUGCAUGUCAGUUUCCAUUCUCAUUUUUGGGAAAUUUUCAGCUAUUCCUUCUGUAAACAGCCUCUUGAUAUCAUUUGUGUUGUCACCUUCUUUUCUGCUUAUCUUAUGUUUUUUUGUUUGUUUGUUUUUUUGCAUCAUCUUGCAGCUGUUGAAUUGCUAUUUCCUGGUUCCUUCUUACUUGUAAAGGAUCUUUCCUUUUCUGUUCGCUAUGUGCAAUCAUGUCUUUGAGGUCUGAAGUUAAAUCUUUUUCACUGAGGUAAUUUUGCUCACUUUCAAUGGAAUUUUUGGUUUCCUGUAUAUCUCUUUGAGUCUGCUUCAUGCAUUCUGUUUGCUUCUUAUAUUCUUCAUUCAAAGUUUCUCUCUUUUUGCAUUGUUGCUUUAUUUCUUAACUAUGUCUUCUUUAGAUGUGUUCAGGAUUUCUUUCAUGAUGUUUAUCAUUUCUUCUUUUACUUAGGAGACUAUUUAGAUUCGAGUUCUUUUAUGGCUUCCCUGAGAUUUUUCUUAUUUCAGGUGAUAGCAUUUCUGGCAUUUCGGGUGUAUGGGUUGUAUUUUCAUCUGUGUCCAUGUCUCCUAGGCUUGCUUGGGUUGGGCUGGAAGAUUGAGAUUGCAUUUUGCUCUUUCAUCAUUUUUCCUGGAUUUCUGGGUUUUGAGCAAUGUUUCAAAAGUUUCUCCAUAUGCUGAGAAUCAUCCGGCCCAAUUUUGCCUCCCAGGGUCGACAGUAGGCAACAACUAGUAGUGGAGUUCACUGGGCUUGGGCAAAUUAGGCCUGUGGGGACUCCCAUGUGACCUCCUGUGAUUUCAGAUGUGGGGUGGGUCUUACCACCUGUGAGUAAAGUUCCAAGGGUUCCUUGUGUCCUGAGUUUCAAUCAGUGCGAGCUCUGCGCCUGGGACUCAAUUUCGGCCCCUGCCAGCUGCUUGAAUUUCGCUGCGCAGUGCCCAGUUAGGCCCCUUGCACCUCCUGAGUUUCCUUGGGUGAUUUCAGGCAUGGGACAUGGUCUUGCCACCUCAGUACGAAGUUCCAAGGCUUCCCCAUGUGCUGGGUUUCAACCCAUGUAAGCUCUGUGCCUAGGACUCAAUUUGGGCCCUUACCAGCUGCUUGGAGCUUGCUGGGUGUGGCCCAGUUAGGCCCCCUUGGAUGUUUCAGUCUUCCUUGGGUGAUUUCAGAUGAAGACAUCGUCUUACCACCUGGAAGUGAAGUUCUAAGGCUUCCUCCCUCUGCUGGGUUUCAACCUACACAUGCUCUGGGCCCGGGAUUCAAUUUGGGCCCCUGCCAGCUGCUUGAAGUUCACUAGGCAUUGCCCAAUUAGGCCUCCCUGGGCCACUUGUAUUUCCUUAGGGGAUUUUGAUAUGGGGCAUGGUCUUUCCACCUGGCAUCGACAUUCCAAGGUUUCCAUGUGUGCUGAGUUUCACCUCCCACACACUCUAGGUUCCCCAUCCUGUAGUGUUUAGUGUUUUUAUAUUUAAUGUAUGGUUGAUAGCAAAUGCUUUCAAACAUAUUUUGAGCAAGGUGUAUUCAUGUGUUGCAGUUGGUUUCGUAUUCCUACUUUUUACAAUUCUUUUAAUGUGGAAAUAUUUUUGAGGUAUUUUAUACUGUGUUUUCUAUUACAAAGGCUGCUUAAAGUCUGAUAGGAUUGUGUUGUUACAAGCCUAUGAUAGUAAAAUAUAAGUAAACAAUGCAUUAGAUACCCAUAAUGCAAUCAACACUACAGCUUGCCUAAGUCUUAAUUAGGAAUAGACAAAAUAAUUGUCAGUUUUGUAGAAUCAUCUAAAAUUAAAUCUGUUUCAUAACUAUAUUAUGUACUUUAUGGAAUAUAAUGUACUAGAGAACAUACUGUCAAUUUUACAAUCACAGCAAAAUCAAGAUGCUGAGUGACACACUAUUAAUCAAUGAAAUUGCAAUCUAUUUCUCUGUUUUUAUUUUUUAAGAUAGGGUCUGAUAAAUCCAGGCUGUGUUUGACCUGUACUCAAACAUUGAUCAUCCUGCCUCAGAACCAAGAGUUCUGAGAUUACAGACAUGUGCUUCCAGGCCUGGCUGAAAGUUCACAAUGCAAUUAAAAACUUGCCCAUGAAGAAAAGCCCAGGUCCAGAUGGAUUCACUUUUGAACUUCCCAAGAAAUUUAGAAAAAUAUUUAAUGCCAUUACCUGCCAAACUCUUUAAUGAAAUUGAAAGAAAAGCAAUAUUACUAAAGUAAGUCCUGGAAGUAUUACCCUAUGCCUAAAACACACAGUGCAUUGGAACUUCCAAAGCUGUGCAACUAGAUUAGAUUUUGGAGAGGCUUAUAAAAGGAAAAACUGCAAAGCAGUGGUAGGAGAGGGAUAAGGGUGGAGAAGCCUUUUGUUUUCUUAUUUGGCCUGGGGACAGAGUUCUUUGCUUAAUCACUUGCCUUUUUGGGAAGCUUUGCCACAGGUGAUCACCUAGUUCCUACUUUAGGGGAACUUGACAACUUGUGUUCAACUAAUUCCAGAAACAACUGUCCUUUACAAUGAGGGACAAAUGUUGAGACAGAA